UAGGGCUUUCAAGUUAGCACUUUUCCUCGAUCAUCAUCAUCAUCAGUGAAAUGGAUAUGUAAUAAAAAUCAUACAAAUGGAAAAAGCAGUGGCGCCAUGGAAACAGUUGCUCCUCACAGCACUUGAAUCCAAUUCCUCUACUACUAAGAAUUCCGCCGCCUUCAUUCAGCUUGCAACGCUCGGACCUGAUGGCAGACCUGCAAAUCGCACUGUCGUCUUUAGAGGAUUUCAAGAAAUGACCGAAAAGAUCCAGAUCAAUACUGAUUGCAGAAGUCGCAAGAUUGACGAUCUUAAGCACUGUCCAUAUGCUGAGAUUUGCUGGUACUUUACUGAAUCUUGGGAGCAAUUUAGGAUUAAUGGAAGAGUUGAUGUUAUUGAUGGGUCUUGUUCAGACUUGAUGAAGCUUCAGCAAAGGGAGAAAGCCUGGUUUGCUAGUUCUUUGAGGUCGAGACUACAGUAUUUAGGGCCUCAUCCAGGUCUACCAUCAUUAACUGAACAAGAUCCUCCACCUUCCAUAAUAGAUGCAGGAGGAGGGCCUGUUGAUUCAUUCUGUCAGCUAGUUCUUGAACCUGAUAAGGUUGAUUAUCUGAAUUUGAAGAUUGGUAAAAGGGUACAUUUCACAUCUGAAGUGACCAUCAAUGGAGAUAAGCAUUGGACUUCAGACAACAUUAAUCCAUGAUCUUCUAUUAUUAUCAUUCACUUUCUAGAUUCUCACUUGACCUUUUCUCUGUAUCUCAACUUGACAGACUGUAAAGAAAUGACAAAUUAAAUUUAUUACAUUAGUAAACAUUUUUAAACUCCUAAAUCUGAGACCGAACUAUCUAAGUUGAUCAGUGUUGGAGGUCUUAUCUUCUUUGAGCAGAACUUUAAGUCUUUCAUGGUCAAUUCUUAUUAAAAAUAAUUCAACUUUCAAUUUUAAUCUCA